CGAUCAAAGCAUCAAAUUUUCAAAUAGCCAAUUUAUUAAUUCAAGAUAUGACUCAACAAGGCUUUGGAAUAAAUGUGAAAAUAUUUACCACCUUGAUUCAUAAAUUUGCAUUAAAUAAAGAUUUAAUUAACAUGGAGAAAACUUUAGAAGUAAUGACCAGAAAAGGGAUUAAACCUGAUUCCCUUACUUGGAAUACAAUCAUUUGGGCUUAUUUACAUUUGGGAAAAUUGAAUUCUGGAAUGAUUAUUUAUUCUAAAAUGAUUUCUCUGCCGAAAGAAUUAAAACAACAACAAAGAUCAAGCGAAUCAAGUGCAUUGAUUGAAUUACAGGAAUCAAGAGAAUUACAAGAAUCCCAACAACAAUUAAAUGAAUUCCAAGAAUUCCAACAAUUAAAUGAAUUACAAGAGUCACAAGGAUCAAGAGAAUUAAGAGUAAAAUUUGAUAACAAAAGAAAAUUAAAAGAAAUAAUAAUAGAAUGUUUACCUACACUUUCUACAUAUCAUUCCCUUUUAUCAGCUAAUAUAAUAGAACAAAAUUGGGAAAAUUUUAGAAAG